UUUCGCAAAUUUAGAUGCCUCCCGAACCAAAGAAGGGAGGAUGCCUUGUGGCACGAGCCGUACCGCUACCCCUGGGUGGUUCGGCCACCCAAGAUUUGACAGAUCGCAUGGAACAGCUGAUAAUCGGAGACACUAAUAGCCAAAGAAAAAUUGACAAAGUGGCCAACAAUAUCAGCCCGUCGGACUUUGUCACUCUGCAAAGCAUCAGAUCAUCAGCUUUGGCACGAAAAACAGCUACAACUUCGAAAUUCUGUAGCAGUGGUCCAAUGCUGUUCAAUGAUCUGCUUAACAAAGAUCCAGAGGAGGAAGCUACUCCAAAGAAGAGUGACAAGCAGAAGGAGUCGGUCAAAAGGAAGGAUGACAAAGCAGCAGAAAAAGAGGAAAAAAGUGACGAUGUGAAAGACAAAGACCAACCUAAAGAAGGCGAUCUACUUUCACGAGGUCCUGUGAAGAAUGUACGACCACCACAGGCUCACCACCCUUACAGUAUUGGCCCUCUACAUUAUGGAACCGCUGCACAAAGCACUGUACACGAUUAUUCGGCGUUUUCUAACUAUGGCAGUGGAUACGAGUGCGGGAGUACAUGGACAGACAGUCCUGACACAUUCGGUUACAUCUCUUCGUCAUCAUCACCGGAUUCUAUUGCGACAGAUCAUGGAUACCACUCCAGCUCACCGAUACAAAAGUCUGUACAGAACAGUCCAUUCACUGAUCACUCACUCUCGAAGGAUGAAUUGUCACGUCUACUGGAUAAUUCGGAACUACCUGAUCCACUUGUCGACUUCAUCUUAAAAUACUCACGACAAUACACCGAAGACCCUACCUCUGAAGAUCCAAUGUCAAGUCCGAAACAUCGGCCACCUUCAGCGGAUUCCGGUGUGGAUUCGCCAAUGUCAGCUCGUUCAGCACCUCAUGCCAGCCCUGAAGUACCCACCGGUGGAAACAGUGGGCCUACGACACCGUCAUUCAACCAGACCAGACUCAGCCCAAGCAAAGGCCUCGAACGCUCUGCUAAGCAAACGCUUCGUGCACUCAUCCCCGAUGCUGAAAUGGACGACGCUUGGGCUUGGACCCUGAAGUGUAUCCAGUUCGCUCCUGGCACUCUAACCCACCAGGAUGACGAUCGCGACACCCUUCUCCACAUCGUGAUCACUCAUCACGACCUUGCUAAAAUCUACUCGCUCGUUGAACAACAGUUGAAACUCGAUAAUGUCAAAGAUCAGCGACCGUAUGAUGUCCCAAAUCGCUACAAUGAAACUCCACUAUUUUUAGCUGUGCAGCAACAGCUCAAGGAGGUUGUCGCAUAUUUGCUGGAAGUUGGUGCAGAUCCUAAUGUACAAACGCUUCGCCCGGAAAGAGAAGGAGCACUACAUUAUGCUGCCGCCAGAGGAAUGAAAGAUAUUGUUGAAAUUCUGUGCGCCACACGCGGAUUGCGCAUCAACCAGCUAAAUGGCAGAGGCCAAACGGCCCUUCAUUGUGCGAUUGCCAGCCAUGGAGUGAUCGACGAGCGCUCACAGAAGAUCGUCGACAACCGUGACAUCAUCGUCACACUUCUCAAAGCUGGAGCCGAUCCAACCCUCGUGGAUGCCAGAAGUGGACGGACAAUCGUGCAUUACGCCAUCGAAACUAUGGAUCCACAAAUUAUCGAGGUCUUGAAAAACAAUGUCGAAGAGGAAUCAUGGACGGAAUUGGUGAAUCUUGCAGAUUUUAACCAGGAAAAACCUAUGGACAUGUUCAAAGCCGGAAGAUCCCUAUCACAAAACGAGUCUGCCAGAUCGGAAAUUUUCAUGACUUUGCUGAUCAGUGGAGCUCGAAUACAGACUACACAAUAAAGAAGACCGGCAAGGAAUGGAUUGAACAUGAUUUGAAGUUACUGUAAACUAUCUAAUCAUAUACAAGAAGAAUGUACGUACGUGCACAUCUACUGGGACCGGUUUUAUUAAACACGUUUAGACGCGUUGUGAUUAUCAUAACUCUUUCUGUGUUGUUGUAUAUGUAGAAUUAGUUACACACAGAAUUAUGACCAGUAUUUUCUAUCAGCGGUUUUUUACGUUUUCUAUACGAGCUAUUUCAAUAGAUUCGAGAUGCGACUGUGUUGUUAGUAUUACCACUUUUCUGUUAAAAGCGUCUUCUAUACGGAUCAACGACCUCAUUUGGCUGGUACAAAUGAUUCACCAAAUAACCCGAACUCCACAACCAUGCUGUACGCGAUUUAAUUACGUGGAUGGACUGUAUCUAUCUGAGAACGUUAGAAAUAAAUGUGAUGU